UCGGGCAGGGAGACAUGCAGAUGCCGGUCGGACCUCGAGGUAGCCGGUGGAGGGUUGACAUGAGCCACGAGGUCGUAUCGACCCACGUAGUGGUCGUGUAUAGAGACCAGCUUGACCGGAUGAUAGACGGCGAGUUUAUCUGGCAGCCUUAUGCUGAUGUCCUCCAGACGCUCCCAGACUACUGCCGCCUAGGUGAGGAUAUAUGGAUGGCGAGAGUACCACUCAUUUGUUUUGACGUGGUUGAGUGGCAUCUCCCUGAUCGUGUCCUCCGACAGUUUGGUCGGGUCCAGGCCGUGCCGGAUCGGUGUGACACCAAGUGGCGGUUGCAUGCGACGGAUAGACGUGGUCGAGCCAGCACUGACUGGAGUCAGCAUCAUAUGCGAUACAUACAGUUGUGGGAUGCCCGUCGCGACACUAUUGUACAGGCUGACUGGAGCGAUGGGGUCCUCCCCUCUCCCGACCCUUACAUGUUGUGGUAUCGGCGACAUACACACCUACUUGUCGGUAAUCCGAGCCACCUGUCCGAGGCCGGAUAUCAGGGAGUUGGGCCUUCUCUCGAGUCAUUGGUGGUUCGAGCUGGGAGGUCAUAUCACUUGGCUGAGGAUGCUAUUUUCAGACGUGAUGGACAGCUUGGUCUGCAGGCCCUUGUAGAGAUCAGAGAGUUAUUGUACGAGGGGAUCCAGCAUGCCCAUCGGGUAGAUCGUCUGCAUUUUGGGGACUACGGUGUACACACUGCAGCAGCUGCUCCAGACACAUCAGUCCCGUCCACGUCAGUGCCUUCCAGUUCAGCGCCAGCCACAGCAGGUCCUUCGACUUCAGUCACCCCACCACAUGAUACCCCAUACAUUUCUCCAUAUUCCCCACACGUACAUCUUACCCAGCAUGCUGACCCUGACCCUGAUUGGUCACCGCCCCGCUUCAUACAUGAUGUUAUUACCCCACCCACCCAGUUACAUCCUACUUUUCUGGGGAGUACUUCGACCGCCCCCCGGUUCAUGCAUGAUAUUGCUACCCCACCCACCCAGUUACCACCUGCUUUUAUGGGGACUACUUCGACCGCGCCCAGGAGUACACAUGAUGCAGUUCUCACUGACAUCUCACACAUUGAUGAUGAGGGCCAUAUUGAGCCCCCCCCAGAACGCGAGGGAGAGAUCUUAUCCUACAAUUUGAUUCAUGAAUCCAUCCCAUCGAUCCGACUUAAAUUUCCAAUUUUAAGAACUUUGUUUGUGACACAAGAUUUCAGAAUCUUUUAUGGCAGCGUCCAUUUGGGAACCCCCAAGAAAUCCUUUUGA